GCUACAAGUUGUCAGAGAGAAAUAUUGGUAUCGACCAACAGCAAACAGAAUGCGUUUUCUACUAAAAUUUGGGCUGGUAGUCGUCAUUGCAGCUGCGGUUUUAGGUAUUGCGAGCUGUGCCUCUAAAAAGCAUUCAAAACGCGGACAUAAGCUAGAUGACGAGCUGCUGUACAAUGAGUUACUAGAAGCCGAGUUCGAAGAUGAUCAUAAAACCUAUGCAGAUGCUUUUGAAUCUUCCGGCGCUGAGACGAAUCCAGAAGAAGUAGAGGAAAAAGGAUGUAGUAAAGCUGCCAGAAAAAAGACAGACCAAUAUAUAGACAAAGUAUUAGAUGAAGUUCGCCCAAAACUUCCGGAGCCAGCUUUCCUGCCAGAAAGAGUAGGUAGAUUCCGGCUUUUCAACGGUACACUGGUAAACCUCGCAUCCAUCAAAAGGAGCGGUCCGGCACUUGUGCGUUGCUCUGACUCCACAUUCAGCUUCCUUGUUCCUGUGGGGCUAAGGAACCUAACCGGACGUUACUAUUGGGAAACCGAUGCUGGUGUUCCAGUGUUCCGAGGAUUCAUUGAUAUGUUCAUUAGGAGGUUGGAUGCCGAUGUCUUUUACACCAGGCAAAGACACGAUGUCCUUGACGAGUCUGCACCCAAAGCCACUGUCGAGAAAUUUACAAUCACCAGACUGGAUGGAGUGCAAGUUAAGUUUGAUGGUCUGGGUCCUCUGAAUGCAAUCGCUUCUCGGUUCACCAAUUUAGUUGUCCGAUUCUUUAAUCGAGGAGUUUCCCGAGCCUUGGAAGGCCCUGUCAAGAACGCUAUCAACAAGGAAUUGGAGAAUGUAUCGAAAUAUGAAUAUUAUUAUUUUUAAAGUAAGCAACAAAUGUAUUUUCAUAUUCAGCCUUUCCAUAGUAAUGCGUUUUAUUACUGAUAGAAGAAAAUCCCAGUUUAAUUAGUAGUUUUAGUGGUUCCAUUUAACGGUCCUAUAGCACUUAAAAGCUACCCUCUUACCCAGUUUUAAAAAGAACAAAGUUUCUGGACUGGGUUCUACGUAAAUUAUCGGAUAUGAAUGUGAAAAUUCGCCCUUGGACUCAUCUCUCUGGAUAGGCAAAAAGCCUAUUUUUUAUCCGAAUAAUAACCAGUAACGAAAAAUAAAUCCCUUAUAAGAAUAUAAAAGGUAGAAUAAAAUGAGUUGGUAAACCCAAUACACCACGUGUAACACCACAUGUAAUAAUACACCACGUGUGUAUAAAUAAGGCUUUCAUCUAAAGAAGAUAAAGCUAUCUUUGGUGGAACUAGGAAAGAUUUUUGUUAGCAUAAGCUACUUCCUGCAAAUAAAACCAUCCAUAAAAAGCUAUGAAAAAAGACAGAGAGAUGAGAAAGGCUAAUCAACACCCACUUUGAAAAAAAAAAAAAAAAAAAAAAAAAAAAAAUAAUAUACCUGAUCCAACUUAUUCUUCUGAUUUGGUAUCGUGACAUUAUUAUUCUCAAUAGAAAAUUUUUGAAUUUGAAUUAUAAUGUCCGGAAAGAGAGUUCGAUUCAUUUGCUAAAUCAAUAUACAAGAAUUUAUUUGUCGCCAUAGUAUAAAAAAAAAAAAAAAAAAAAAAAAAAAAAAAAAAAAAAAAAAUUAAUUAACGGGCAAGUGCGUUGUGAAUAAGACUGGUAGAUGUCUGUAUAAAAUUGAAUUUUUUAAUUUUAAAAUUUAUUCUUAAAAAACGCAAUACUAAUGGAUGAGCUAUAUAUGUCAUUUCUAUGAAGAAUGUAUUACACAGAUUCUCCAAAAUCCUUAUUACUCAAAAGGUAAAUACAGCAGACAGGUUUUUAAAAUUUGAAAAUUUUAAAUCAGAAAUUAGCAAUUUUCUUAAUAAGUUAUUUUUAGACAAAAAAGAAGACAGUUUCAAUGGAUGGCACAAUCAGCUUUGUUUAGCUUAUUAUAAGCAAACUUAAGAUGAAUUUAAGCUCUUUUUUUUUUAGAGUAAUUAAUCACUGAUUUAUUAUGUAUUAUCAGUAUCAACUAAAUUUCAAUAAAGUUUUUUUAAAAAAAUUA